GUAGAAUGCGAGUAAUACUAGAGGAGUCUAUACCAUAUCUAAUCUGCUUAUUGUGUAGUUUCUCUGGUGCAGGGUAUUUUUUGGUGUCCAAAGUUUCUCUAAACAAAGGAAUGAGUCGGUAUGUGCUUGUCACCUAUGGCUUUGCUAUUGGGACUCUAUCUACUGCUCUACUUGCCUAUCUCUUUGAAAGGAAAAACAAUAGUAAACUCACCAUCCCUGUCUUGAGAAAUGUCUUAUUUCUAGGCCUUCUUGGAGCAGUGUUAGGGAGGACCAUGUUUUACUUGGGGUUAGAAUACACUUCACAGACGUUUGCUUCUGCAGUGUCCAACAUAUUUCCAGUCUUUACCUUUAUCUUGGCAAUUAUAUUCAGAAUGGAAAAAUUGGACAUUUCGAAGAAUAGUACUCGAGCAAAGAUAGGAGGAACUAUAGUUUCAUUUGCAGGAGCAACAAUCUUGACCCUUUACAAGGGCAUCAAAGUGAUAUCAGUACACACUCAAAGCUCCCAUAAUCAAUCUGCUUCUACUACUACACAACUGUCUUUUGAGAAAGCUCACUGGAUAAAAGGCUCCCUUAUUCUUGUGUCUUCCUACUUCUCAAUCGCAGCCUUCUACCUCCUACAGGCAGCAACAGUCAAAAUAUAUGCAGCACCGUUAAACCUCACAACACUAAGUUGCUUAUCGGGAACUUUGUUCUCAGUAAUCAUGACUGCAAUUUUGGAUCAUAAAGCAGCCUCGUGGAGGUUGUCAUGGGAUAUCACACUUCUAGCUCCUCUCUAUAGUGGAAUUAUAAUAUUCAGUUUGGGAAUUUAUCUUCAAACCAUAGUAAUGAGAAGAAAAGGCCCAGUGUUCGCGAUUGCUUUUAGUCCUUUGUCAUCAAUAUUUGCAGCUAUCAUGGGAAUACUGAUUCUGGGAGACGUUUUAUAUUUGGGCAGUAUAAUAGGAGCUACAUUGAUAAUUAUUGGACUCUAUUCAAUUCUAUGGGGAAAGAAGAAAGAGGAGGACAUCAUACUGGAGCGUACCAUGGCAACUGACCACCUUAAUAAAAUCAAAGAAGAAAGUGCCAAGAGCAACAUUGAUAUACCUAACAAUGGUAUCAAUUGGUCUUAAAUUUAAUAAAUAAUAUCUUAGUGCUGUAUUGGAGAUAAUAUAGUGUUGAUCAAUUGGGCACAACACAAUAGGCCCACAAGAAAGCUUGUACGUGAGGAGUAAAAUAUCAUUUAAUUUGGUUUUAUGUUCAAAAUAGUAUAAAUUAUUCCAUAAGAAAAAACGAAUAGCCUUAUAUGCGUAUUACGUGUCUUGUAU